UAGGCGCAUUUGCGGAAGAUGCGAAAAUCAACAAAGCAGCCCGGUGGCCUCACCGCAACAGCAUAAACAGCCAGAAUUUAAAUAUAGUUCGCUAGUUCGGCGUCAGUGAAUGUAUUUUCACUCAAGGUAUGUGGAGGCUUUAGUGACAGAAAGUUCUCGGCCACCCUGGUUCGCUGUAGAUGCCGCAGUCCGUCAGCGGGCGUCAUCGUUUUUCUGUUGUGACGGGCGCAGACCGGCGAAGCGACCAAUGAGUCAGCAGCUUGGGGUUAAUUUUACCUAACCAACCUGUAUAUAUACAACGAUAACAGCGCCGUACGCGGGAAAGGAAAACGUCUGCGUAAGAGAUCAGCUACUUUUGCUCUCGGUUAUUCGGAGUCAGGGUUAACGAUGGCAGUUCCCGUAGCCGCGUUACAACUGAGCACAACAUCCAGCCCGGGUCUCCUGGAUCACAACAUUCACAUCAGCGACAGAGAUUUGGGAAGCAUUUCCAAUGACACUGAAAAUGUCAUUUUGCCUUUACAUUCUCCGUGGACUUUCUGGCUCGACAGAUCUCUGCCAGGAACAACAGCAGCCGAGUGCGAGUCAAACUUGAAGAAAAUCUACACUGUGGAGACUGUCCAGAACUUUUGGAGAGUUUACAACAACAUACCGGGCGUCUCCAGCUUGCCACUCAGAUGUAGUUAUCAUCUGAUGAGAGGAGAGAGGAAACCACUGUGGGAAGAAGAAAGCAAUGCUAAAGGUGGUGUUUGGAAAAUGAAAGUACCAAAGGAGUUCACUAAUGCUGUGUGGAAGGAGUUGCUAUUGGCUACUAUUGGAGAACAGUUCAGUGAUUAUUGUGCCUCAGAUGAUGAAGUAGUCGGAGUGAGCGUCAGUGUGAGAGACAGAGAAGAUGUGUUUCAGGUCUGGAAUGGAAAUGCUACACGCGCCAACGAGUCAAACAUCAUUGGACGAAUCAAUGAGCUUCUUCCACAAGUACCCUUUAAAGCCGUGUUCUACAAACCACACGAGGAGCACCAUGCUUUCGAGGGUGGUCGAGCAAGACAUUAGCACAUUUUGCACAUCAAAAUCCUUGAGAUAUUGAAUAUUUUUAUUCUGCUCAUGUUUCGGACCAUAAUACUGGGGCACGUUUUGAAGCAAUUGAGUUGCGUAACGUGUCAUCAAUUACCUCAAUGUAGCCCAAGUAUUAUGACUCUCAAUGAAAUUUUGCAUCUUCUGAGCACAAUUACCAUUACUUUAGUUAAAAGCAAAAACCAUGGUAAUUUCAUUUUAUCUAAGCCUGUGUUUAUAUGUUUUUAUACUGCAAAGUUUUAGAAAACAGCAGAUCAUGUACAGUCAGAUGUUUUUAGGUGUUUUCUAGUAUAGUUUACUGAGCACAGGCAGAGAUGGGUCUUUGAAUUAAAUCUCAUUUUUGGAUUUAAGAGGAGGCCAAGUUCCACAAAGCAAACCUUGAUCUUACUGAUACUUUUGUAUUCAGCUCUUUUAUUGUUUUUUGUAUAUUUCAGCCAAAAUCCAGUUGCCUCUACUGGACAAUGGAAAUAUUUAGUAUGCUGUAAGGCUAAGUUUGGAGCAGAAAUUGCACAUUCUUUUUUUUUUAUUUUCUUGAGUAGUAUAUGAGUGGAAGGUGAUACUGUAUGUUACAAUAAAAUGACCUCAGUGCACAAAACACCUUGAGUAGAUGGUUAGAAAUAUAUGCAAUCAUUUAUAUCCUGUAGAAUUUGCUGUGUUGAGAUUUUGUUCAAACCUCUGCCCUAAAUCAAGCACUUUGUUUGUUACCAUGUAUAUACAGUAAAGACACCUGAUAGUCCCUCCAGGAUUAUAACGAUUUAUGAUACCUGAGACCAAAUGCUCUUUGGUUUUGUGUCACCUUGUCCGACAGAUGUCUAAACCUGUUUUGCUCAUUUUGUUGUUCUUUUUACUGCUUUUAAUAUGAAAUGAACUAAGAUGUGUCUGCAAACUGUUUUUUCUGUGUGUUCAUUUGACCUGUGCUCGAGUUAAACACCUCAAAGUUUGUAAAGAAGAGAAAACUAACCCCAGGAAACAUGAACACACAACACACCUUUCAUAGGGGGAAAAAAGGAAACAUGUUUGCGUUUUUAUCAGCAAGUUUUGAUAUACUAUAUUUGUACAAAUCACAGGUGUCCACAGCAAGGCCAAAACUUUCAUUAGGAUGGCUUAUUACUGUUUCCGUUUCUUUAAAUCCAAUGCUUUAAGAUGUCUCUCUGUGAUAUGUAAUUGGCUGUGUUAUAGAAAAUCUCAUUUGUGUCAUAGAGAUGUUCAUGUGUUUUACAUCUCACCAAAUGCGCCUUUCCUGUAUGUUUUUGGUGUGAUUUCUGCAUUUUGUAUGACUAGUGCAGUAAUACAAAUUCCAAUGGAGAUACAGAGUAUGCACUGAAACUCACAAACGGACUGCUGUUAUGAUUUAUGAAUCAAAUCAAAAGUAUUUGUAAUGCUGAUGGCUCUGCUCGGGUUCUCUGCUAAAAUCAAUAUUGAAAGGAAUCUAGUUUUUAAAGCACACAUUUGUGAUGUUCAGUGGGUUAUGUUAAAAAUUUUACACACAUAUACUGUAAGAUUACAAAAUAACAACACUGCUCCCUUGCACAUAUACAGCUGACUGCUCAGACCUUGUAACUGAUUGUUGAUCUUGGACGGUGCCUUGUGUUUAUCAGCGGUUUACAGUGUUAAAGUCCUCUGUGUUGAGCAUGUUGAAAUUGUGUCUAGUCAUGUUUCUAGUUAUAUGUUGUAAAUGAAAAAUAAAGACACCUAAACUUCCA